AUGAUGUGCCCAAUCUUUUACGACAACUUGCUCAGAGAAGAAGACUACUAUCGCUCCCAAUACAGACUCACUAUUUCUCUCAAGCUCACUGAUGGUCCGGAUACUAUCCAUUACUCCGAUCGAAAUAUCUAUACCGCCAUCAUGAGUGUCCACGGCAGCCUCUCUAUCUUUGAAGACUGUCCUGAAUUUAGAAGCGAUGAAAAUGGCGCCUUCUAUAGACAAAACGAUGCAAUUGUCAAUGCUCGCCUCAAGCUUGUUCAAUGGUUCAAGGAUAUGGAAGCCAAGGAUCUCUUGUAA